AUGGACUUGAUGGAGUGGAAGACCAGGUGGAUGUCUGGCGGAAGCAGCCUUCUCCACCUCCUCGUCUUCCUGUCACUCCUGCAGGAUCAAGCCGUUGCCUUGGACGUGUACAGCUUUCAGAAGGAGGGCGUGCAGUCCGACGCCCAUAUCCUCUACUCGGGGCCUGCAGGAGGGACCGAAGGGCAGGGAUGGAGGCGUCCCUUCAACCCCGAGGACUUCAGCGUGUGUCUCCGCCUCAGGUUUUUCUACCUGUGGGAUCUCUCGGGUUUCCUGCAGAUGUGGGGCGAUGUGGAGGAGGACUCGCCGACAUCUGUGUUCAGUGCCGAGCUCAACCUCCGCUACUUCCGCGUCAGGAUGGGGAUCUUCCGCCGCCUCUUCUUCCUGGGGCGACCUCUGAGGGCCCUCACCUGGUACCACGUCUGCAUCACGUAUUCCGAGGACACGCUCGAGUUCUAUCUGAAUGGGGAUCUGCAAGGAAGCCAGGCAGGACGCCCCGAGUAUCCUGUAGGUGGGACUCGACUCAAGGUUGGCGCCUGGGAUGCCGUCAGGAGCUUCAGUGGCGAGAUAACGGAGGUUAACGUGUGGAGUCGUGCCUUGGCGGUGGACGAGGUGGCGUCGCUGGUGGAGUGCAAGGGCAGCGCGGGGGAUCUGGUUGCCUGGACGGACGCCUGGACGAUGCACGGCGACGUGACGAAGGCGGACGUCCCCUCCGAGAGGCUCUGCAGCGACAGGAGAGCCACGAAGCAGUUCCUCUUCCCGCCCGUGUCCUCCAAGGCGGCCUUCCAGGUGUGCGAGGGGUUGGGGGGCUCGGUGACGACGCCUCGGAGGGCAGAAGUGGAGGACCUCAGGCGACUCCUCUCUGGCUUCCCCGACAACGAGACCUGCUCGAGGCUGUGGACGGGGGUCACGGACGUCGCCACGGAAGGGGAAUGGACGUACCACAAGAACGGCCUCCCCGCGCAGGUCUCGUGGCGACCCGGGGCGCCCGACGGGGACGUCCUGCAGAACUGCGCAGCGAUAUAUCUCGAGGGGUCCUCGGACGGCCUGACCGACGUCUCGUGUUCCCGCAAGCUGUGCGCGGUGUGCGACGUGCCGGAGGGGCUCGUGUGGACGCUCCUGGGCGCGUGCGAGGAGUUCCCGAGGAACAUCCACUUCGUCGCCCGCCAGAGGGCCUCGGGGGAGUUCCACUUCCGCGGCUACUCUAGCUACAUGAUCAUGAGGAACGACACGGACGGCCGCUGGGUCUGGUGGGACCGCCAGAGGAACGAGGUCGUGGCCAUCCUCUCCGAAAACGAAUUCGGCUUCCCGAUGGGGCGCCACAGCUGGGCCCUGCAGCGCCCCGUCUGCGGGAGGAAGCCGCCCGUGGAACACGUGCUCCUGCUGACCCCUUGUGGGGCGGGCUCCUUCUCGUGCGACGACGCCACGUGCAUCCCCCUGUACCAGCGCUGCGACCUCAAGUUCGACUGCAGGGACAAGAGCGACGAGAGCGGCUGCGAACUCGUGCAGUUCCCGCCCGUGUACCGGCCGGACCUCCCGCCGAGCGACGUCGCCUCCGCCGCCUCGGCGCCGCUUCCCGUCGGCGUCCGCAUGGUGCUCGAGAGCGCCGACGUCAGGACCAGCACCAUGAUGAUCCACAUCAACUACAACCUGACUCUGACGUGGCGCGAGGGGCGGUCAACUACCUCAACCCUGAACAAGGACUACACCCUCAACAGGGUACCAUACAACACCAUGCGAGAACUGUGGGUGCCGACCGUCGACUUCACCAACACGCGAGGCAACCACAUCACCCACGCCGACGAGGAAGCCACCAUGAUGGUGCUCAUGUCAGGGGAGCCGACCAUGGGAGGGGACACGCGACCCCAAGAAGUGGAGGUCUACUCAGGAUGGGAAAACCCGCUCACAGUGAGAAGGAAAUACAGUGAGACAUUCCAGUGUGAAUUUGACUUGUCGAUGUAUCCUUUCGACCAGCAAGACUGUUCCGAAGGUGCUCCCACAGGAAUGUUAUUUGAUAGAAUGCCGGUUAGGCUGACGAUGUUGUCGGCCUCCUCGCGUCUCCUGGUCUUCGACGAAGGAGAAAGCGAAGCGGUUUUUGUCGGAAAUCCUCACUUGGUCGAAUACACGGUGGGCGGAGUCAGCGUCGACCUCGUGAACCAGAUGGAUUUCGCCGUCAUGCAUGUGAAGAUCUCGUUGAUAAGACGUGCUGGCUACAUCCUCAUGAACGUCUACAUACCCUCCAUGUUGCUAGUGAUUGUGAGUUACGUCACACUGUACUUCCGGGUGGGUAUCUUCCAGGCCAGAGUGUUGGGAUCUCUCACGGCGUUGCUGGUUAUGGCUACACUGUUCACGCAGGCGUCCUCCCACCUCCCCAAGACGUCCUACUUCAAGAUGGUGGACGUGUGGCUCCUGACGUGCAUCUUCGUCAUCUUCAUCGUCAUCGUCUUCCACGUCAUGAUCGACAGGGCGUUCGAGAGGGCCGAGAAAGCCCGUUCUGCGCCUCCUCCUGUAGCGCUGCUGGAGAAGCAAGCCACGAGAGUGCAUCCCUCAGGAGUAAGCUCGUCCUUAGCCCCCUCCAAGGACCCGAGGAGCACCAUGGAGUUCGUGUCCACCAGCAGGAGUAGCAGCAUCCAGCUCCGCCCUCGGGAAGGGACGCCCCUCUACAAGAACCUGGUCCUUGGCGCCCGCGUGGUCAUCUUCGCGGCUCUUGUGGUCUUCAACUUCGUCUACUGGAGCCUUGUUCUUGUGAACUAACUUGUUUUUGGUGUUCUUCACUAACUCAUUUUUUUCAUCUUCGCGAGCUUUUUUUAAAUGUUUGUUUU